GUCGUCCUCCUCCUCGUCGUCGUAGGUGGUGGUUUCGACGUGGCCAACGCGCAGUCGUCUCCGCCGCCGCAGCCGGCCACGAGGACGGUCAGCCGCACCGUGUCCACCGUCAUCACCGUCGCCAUCGGCGUCUUCUUUGUCCUAGUCUUCAUAUGUGUGCUCGUCAACCAGUGCUGCGACUGCUCGACUGGUGCCGCCGGAGGGCAGGGACAGUCCGUGCUUCGACGCCGCCGUGGGCUCGACCCGGCGGCUGUGGCCGCGAUCCCGGUCGUGCCGUACGCGGAGGUCAGGAAGCACAGGAGCGGCGGGCUGGAGUGCGCGGUGUGCCUCACCGCCUUCGACGACGCCGACGACCUCCGCCUGCUGCCGCGGUGCUCCCACGCGUUCCACCCCGACUGCAUCGACCCCUGGCUCGAGGGCCACGUCACCUGCCCUCUGUGCCGCGCCAACCUGGAGAAGCAGCCGCCGGCGCCGUCGCCGUCGCCGUCCCCCGCCGUGGAGUUGUCCUCCUCGCUUGCGGAGGCGGAGCCGCAGACGCCUGAGGCCGCGGCGGUGCGGGCCGAGGUGGUGGAGGUGAUCAGCGACGACGAAGAGGAGAGGAGGAGGGAGGAGGAGGAGGAGGCCGCGGAGCUCGAGAGGCUGCGCGCCGUGCGUCGGGCGGCGAGGAUGCCGAGGUCGCACUCGACGGGCCACUCGCUGUGCACGCUGCCGGCGCGCGCGCCGGGGGACGCCGGUGACCACGAGAGGUUCACGGUGCGGCUGCCGCCGCACGUCCGGGAGGAGGUGCUCAGGUCGAGGCGUCUGCGUCACGCCACGAGCCUCGUCCUCGGCCCCAGGGCCGGCUCCAGCCGCGAGGGGAGCUCCAGGGGCGGGAGCUGGCACGGCGCGCGGCGGUGGCCGUCCUUCCUCGCGAGGACCGUGUCCUGGGCGCGGGGCGGCGUGGGAGCGGCGGACUCGAGCGCGAAGGGGACGGCCAUGCCGUGAUUGCGGUCGCUGUGUGAUGAAAAAUCGGCGAGUUUUGUAACAAAAGUUCUCUUUUUUUUUUGCAAAAUUUACAAAUGUGUUAUUAUAAUUUUGAAAAGUUAGAGAUACGUCAUUAAUAUCUCAAUGAUAUGUGGGA